GACUUCCAAGUACGAGUCGUCCGGCUUCUUGCUGAGCUCUCUGAGGCCUUGAAAGCGGGAAGUCCACUGCUGGAGAUUGGAAGCGUUGUCACCUUGCUGGAGUACUGCAGCUGUGCCUGGCGGAAGGCACUGAAGCAGGCUCCAGGCAGCCCCAGCGCGGAGAAGUGCUGGGUGCCCCUGCAGGUGCUGAGCCGAAAGCCUUUUCAGAUGCCUAUCGCCGGUCUCUUGAAGCUUUACGCUGCGGUGCUCAGCAACUUGCCGACCUGGGCGGCGGACCUCCGACGCAG